AUGCUGGGUGUUGUCGACUAUGGGAGUUCCUCUGAAGGUAGUGAUGUUGAAAUGGAAGAUAAUUUGCAAAAACCGGCCAGUAAGUUUACUUUUAACCUUCUGAUUUUUGUUGUUUAGAAGCAGGCGGGUUAAAUCUACCACCAGUGGUUGCAAAACCUAAGAUUAAGAAGAAGAUAUUUGUGGGUGAAGAUUCAGAGUUGCCAGAGAAACAGGAUUGGGAGAAGAAAGUGGCAGAGCAGAUGCAAAAGGACAAGAAGUUUGUGCAGAAAACAGUCUCCGAAAAAAGUAAAAAGAAGAUCAUUUUGGCAUUUGGAAACGAUUUAAAGGCCAAGUCUGCAGAUAAUGACUCUGAUGAUGAGGAUUUACCGGUAAGUAUUGUGUGAAUUUGGUAGUACGAUGCAAGAGGUUGUUGCGAAAACGGAGUAUAUUUUAGGUAGCAAGUCAUAAAAAUCGAACAAAGUUCAGUUCAGAGCUCUUGAAUCUUCUACCUCAACCCAAAAAUCCAAUAAAGAAAGCAGCUCCUGCCCAGAAAGCAGCUUCUGUCCUCUUACCAAGUUCAAUAAUGAACAAAAAGCCGACGAAACGGCCUCUAGAAGCAGUCCCAGCUGCAACCAGAACAGAAGCCGUUGAAGGAUAUUCGGAUUCAGAUAAUGACGGGGAAUCUGACGAUUUCUUUGGCCUUAACUCCAAGGUUGAAUUGCCAACCACAUCAUGUAUUGCAGUCGAUGAGCCGUCAGCGCCGCGGGCAAGAGUUUAUAUCGAUGAAGUGGCACCAGGACCCUCGUUACCACUUCCUAAGUCCAUCGGGGAUUACCAAUCGAUUGCUGACAUUGAAGCUAAGCUGUUAGGACAGAGGAAUAUAUCAGAUCAGGUGAGUCCUUUGUGAGAGCAUUUCUAAUUUGGUUUGAUUCACUGCCAAGUGUUAAUCAGCUUUUACGCUAAUUCACUGUUUUAGGAAGCUCAAGCGCUUAUAUACAAUAAGGAAUUGGCACCUUGGGGCGCGACGGAUCGGAAUGCGCGUGAAGCCGUCCUGAAUAUUGUGGACGUCAGUGUAGAUGAGGUAAGUGUGUACAACAAGUGUGUAUAUUUUUUAGGCACUGGGACCCAAUGUCCGUGAGACUCUUUUGCGGAAUCUCGAUCAGAAGAAUGCUGUUGCCGCUCCAUUACCUGUAGUCAAAGCUCCAGGAGAAAGAAUGGCCAAGUCCAAACACCAAAUUACCCAUUUGGCGAAGGUUGCCGUUGCCAGAGAGAGUCAACUGCAACAACAAUGGGCAGACAGCAAGGCCCAGAAGAGGCAAACAAGACAAAAAUACGGAUUUUAG